AGCUGGUGGGAGGCCCAGCCUGGGUCCCUGUGAGCAGCAGGAAGGAGAUGCAGCUGCUGUUGGCCCUGUUGGGGGUCCUGCUGGGGGCGCCCGAGGCUCCCGCUUUGUCCCUUGAGGCCUCAGAGGAAACGGAGCUGGAGCCCUGCCUGGCCCCCAGCCCGGAAGCACCCACAGAGCAGGAGCUGACCGUGGCCCUUGGGCAGCCUGUGCGGGUGUGCUGUGGGAGGGCUGAGCGCAGUGGCCACUGGUACAAGGAGGGCAGUCGCCUGGCACCUGCCGGCCGGGUACGAGGCUGGAGGGGCCGCUUGGAGAUUGCCGGCUUCCUACCCGAGGAUUCUGGCCGCUACCUCUGCCUGGCACGAGGCUCCACGCUUGUCCUGCACAACCUCACCUUGGUCGUGGACGACUCCCUGACCCCCAGCCAUGGUGAUGAGGACCCCAAGACCCACAGAGGUCCCUCCAAUAGGCACACUUACCCUCAGCAAGCACCCUACUGGACACACCCCCAGCGCAUGGAGAAGAAACUGCAUGCGGUGCCUGCUGGCAACACCGUCAAGUUCCGCUGUCCAGCUGCAGGCAACCCCACGCCCACCAUCCGCUGGCUCAAGGACGGGCAGGACUUCCACGGGGAGCAUCGAAUCGGAGGCAUUCGGCUGCGCCACCAGCACUGGAGCCUGGUGAUGGAAAGCGUGGUGCCCUCGGACCGGGGCACAUACACCUGCCUUGUGGAGAACUCUUUGGGCAGCAUCCGCUACAGCUACCUGCUGGACGUGCUGGAGCGGUCCCCGCACCGGCCCAUCCUGCAGGCAGGGCUCCCAGCCAACACCACAGCCGUGGUGGGCAGCGACGUGGAGCUGCUCUGCAAGGUGUACAGUGACGCCCAGCCCCACAUCCAGUGGCUGAAGCACAUCGUCAUCAACGGCAGCAGCUUCGGGGCCGAUGGCUUCCCCUACGUGCAAGUCCUGAAGACAGCAGACAUCAAUAGCUCAGAGGUGGAGGUCCUGUACCUUCGGAAUGUGUCUGCUGAGGAUGCAGGCGAGUACACCUGCCUGGCGGGCAACUCCAUCGGCCUUUCCUACCAGUCGGCCUGGCUCACGGUGCUGCCAGAGGAGGAUCUCACAUGGAGGGCGACGGCGCCCGAGGCCAGGUACACGGACAUCAUCCUGUAUGCAUCAGGCUCUCUGGCUUUGAUCGUGCUUCUGCUGCUGGCCGGGCUGUACCGCAGGCAGGUGCUCCUCGGCCGGCACCCCCGGCAGCCUGCCACCGUGCAGAAAUUGUCCCGCUUCCCUCUGGCCCGACAGUUCUCCCUGGAGUCAGGCUCCUCCGCCAAGUCAAGCUCAUCCCUGGUGCGGGGUGUCCGUCUUUCCUCCAGCGGCCCCCCCUUGCUCGCUGGCCUCGUGAAUCUAGACCUACCUCUCGACCCGCUGUGGGAGUUCCCCCGGGACAGGCUGGUGCUGGGAAAGCCCCUGGGCGAGGGCUGCUUUGGGCAGGUGGUGUGUGCAGAGGCCUUUGGCAUGGACCCCACCCGGCCUGACCAAGCCAGCACUGUGGCCGUCAAGAUGCUUAAGGACAAUGCCUCUGACAAGGACCUGGCAGACCUGGUCUCCGAGAUGGAGGUGAUGAAGCUGAUUGGCCGGCACAAGAACAUUAUCAACCUGCUGGGUGUCUGCACCCAGGAAGGACCCCUGUAUGUGAUUGUGGAGUGUGCCGCCAAGGGAAACCUGCGGGAGUUCCUGCGGGCCCGCCGCCCCCCAGGCCCCGACCUCAGCCCUGACGGGCCUCGGAGCAGCGAGGGGCCGCUCUCCUUCCCUGCCCUGGUCUCCUGCGCCUACCAGGUGGCCCGGGGCAUGCAGUACCUGGAGUCGAGGAAGUGUAUCCAUCGGGACCUGGCUGCCCGCAACGUGCUGGUGACCGAGGACAAUGUGAUGAAGAUUGCUGACUUUGGGCUGGCCCGCGGCAUCCACCACAUUGACUACUAUAAGAAAACUAGCAACGGCCGCCUGCCUGUCAAGUGGAUGGCACCUGAGGCCUUGUUUGACAGAGUCUACACACACCAGAGUGACGUGUGGUCGUUUGGGAUCCUGCUGUGGGAGAUCUUUACUCUCGGGGGCUCCCCGUAUCCUGGUAUCCCGGUGGAGGAGCUGUUCUCGCUGCUUCGAGAGGGGCAUCGGAUGGACCGGCCCCCACACUGCCCUCCAGAGCUGUACGGGCUGAUGCGUGAGUGCUGGCACGCCGCACCCUCUCAGAGGCCCACUUUCAAGCAGCUGGUGGAGGCCCUGGACAAGGUCCUGCUGGCUGUCUCUGAGGAGUACCUCGACCUCCGCCUAACCUUUGGACCCUACGCCCCUGCUGGCGGGGACGCCAGCAGCACCUGCUCUUCCAGCGACUCUGUCUUCAGCCACGACCCCCUGCCGCUGGGGCCCAGCUCCUUCUCCUUCCCCGGCGUGCAGACGUGAGCAGGGGCACAAGGUUGUACAGGCAGGCUGGCCAGCAGCUGUGGGCCUCCUGGCUGAGCCGCAACCUGGUGGUGCUUGACCUUGGCAGUCCCAGGCCCUGACCUAAGGGUACUGUCCCAGAUCUUUGCUUCUGCUUUGGGGAAGUCUGUCCUUGGCCCUGGGGUCCUGCUCUGGCGUCUAGGUCUCAAGCCAGAGUUCAACCCCAGUCUCAAGGCCCUGCCCUUGCCUUAGAGCCAUGGCCCCAGUGGUCUAACGGUUUGUUACGGCUCUGCUUGGCCUCCUGGGCCUUGGCACUCAGUCCUUGUUCCAGGGCUUUGGUUGGACCUGGCUGUAGGGGUGUCCUAAAUCUCCCCACUUCCCUACACCAAGAGAGGUCUUGGGCCUCUGAACGCCAUUUCCCCAGGCCUCCCGCCUCCCCUCUGUCGCUUGUCCCAGCACCUCGGUGGAAGGAGUGCUGGCUCCUUUGCUAGCCGAGAGGCUGGAAGCCUGCCAAAACACAGAAGCAAAUGGCCUUUUAUAAAUUAUUUUUUUGAA